AUGUCCUCAUCACCAAACGAGUCAAAGGCUCUGUGUGACUACCUCGGAAUAGAGGAAGAGGUGGACUAUGGUAGCGAUACCAGUGUCCGCGGUGACACAGGGACAACGUCCGGCUCACUGAUGCCUGAGGCACAACUUUCGAACACCCCAAAUCCGUUCGCUGAACGUGGAGGUGCGAGCGCGCCGCCAGCGCAGCGUGCAGCAUCUGGGUUUGAUGAGACUAUCAUCGCGAACCCGCUCGAUGAGCAACAACAACUGCUUGUUCAAAGAGAACAAAACGCUCAGCGUUAUGCACAGAUGACUGCAACCCUUGAACGCCAGCGUGAUUAUGUGUUCACCCCACCCAGUGUGGAGGAACGUCUGCGUCAAGCGGCCGGCCAAACAUUGGCAACGUGGGUCAUUGGCCAUGGGCCUAAGACUCCUGAGGAGGUGGUGAGCUGCCAGGCACUUCGUGAGAGGUACCUGGAGCCGCACCUAACGACUCAAAGUCAAUACAAGGCACGCCUUGACAUGCAAGCACGUGGUGCACCAGUUCCACCGAUGAAGGGUAUACCCAUUCUCCUGCUCGCAGGCGAAACAGCGAGUGAAGAAGACGAUGCCUUUGUUCACUGGGUGCACUAUGUGCGUCGCCUCAGCAACAUUUUUGCUCUAAGGGCUAGUGCCCAUGCGGCGGAUGUAGCCGCGAGUGCUGGUCAGUCUGUGACCAACAACCCGCCAACCCGCACCACUAGUGGUGGUGAACGGCCUCGGCCUCGCGAUGACCAUGGCCACGAUGCUCAAAAGCCUCCAAAGCAUAUGGGCAGUCUUGCCGAAGGGGUACCUCAAAUUCCCAUGAGUUUUCAGACUCAGGGUACCCACGCCACUUUACCAGAUACUGAUAUUGGCCCUGACGACGACGUCGUUUCAGUAGUCUCUCGACAUGGAAUUGACGACACCCAUGCUCAUCGAGCAACGUCGGUGGCGGCCGGUGUACCGGUGGAGGCCCACGAGAAAUUGGUUCUCGAAGUGAGGGGUCUUCAAGCGGCCUUGGGUAAGUCCCAGUGCAUGCUGGAUGCGAUGCAAAACCGCCUUCAGGCGAUGGAGCAAGCUCAAACUCGGAGCGAGGCUCAGUUGGACUUGCUGAUUCGUCUACAGCAAUCCGGGGCGGUGCCCUUGUCGUCGGCGCAAGCGCCUCCAAGUUCACAUGGGAAGGAUCCCGGUACGGCUUAA